AUGGAUUUCACGCUACCCAUAAGAAGUCAAGAGAGGAUGGCUUCCUCCAGCUCUCCUCUUCUGGGCCCUCGCAGCAGCUGCACCAGGCACCACUACCAGAGCGUCAAGAGAAAGCUGCGGCCUGGACGGAUCUUUGGCUUCAUCAUCAGCCUGGUGGUGGUCUGCACAGUGUGUUCAUGGAGUGCCUUGUCGCUGGCCACGCUGGUGGCCACAGAGCCGGGACCAGACGCCGAGGGCUCAGCAGAGGCAGCAGUGCCCCACAGAACUCUUCUGCAGUACCACAACCUCUCAGCAGCGCCAGAGGACACACCUGUGGCCAUGCGAUCAUCUGAGAUAGAGAUGAAUCACGGGGACUACCCAACGGACUACUUCACAGUGGAGGAUAGACGUCAGGGCUAUGUUGUGCUUCAUAUGCUUGGUAUGCUCUACAUGUUCAUAGCCUUAGCCAUCGUCUGCGAUGAGUUUUUUGUACCUGCGCUCACUGUCAUCACAGAGAAGCUGGAGAUCUCUGAUGAUGUCGCAGGAGCCACCUUCAUGGCUGCAGGCGGCUCAGCCCCAGAGCUCUUCACCUCUGUCAUUGGAGUCUUUGUCUCCCACAGUAAUGUAGGUAUCGGCACCAUCGUGGGCUCCGCUGUAUUCAACAUCCUGUUUGUGAUCGGGAUGUGCGCCCUGUUCUCCAAAGAAGUGUUGAACCUCACCUGGUGGCCUCUGUUCAGAGACGUCUCCUUCUAUAUCAUUGGCCUGCUCAUGCUCAUCUAUUUCUUUCUGGAUAAUCAAAUUGUGUUGGGGGAAAGUAUAAGCCUGCUGAUGUGCUACUCCUGCUAUGUGACGUUCAUGAAGUUCAAUGGCAAAGUAGAACUGUUCAUCAAGGGCCUGCUGGGCAGCAACCAGGUGGACGAACUGGAGAGUGCACCCAAGGUGAGUGCACCUGCAGAUGAUGAGAACAAGCUGAUGGCAAAGCCUCGGCUGCAGAGAGAGGGGAGCUGUGCUUCUCUACACAACUCUCUGAUGAGAAACAGUAUCUUCCAGCUCAUGAUACACACCCUCGAUCCGCUCAGUGAUGAAGGACAUUUCAAAGAGAAGGCGUCGAUUCUUCACAAAAUGGCGAAGCAGAAGUGUAAAGACGACGCUGUCAAUGCCAACGGUGUAGCUGAUAAAAACAUCCCCAACAGUUCAAACGUCGCAGUGGAAGUGACGCCACCAAUGAACGGUGUUGCAGGAGGGGAGGAGGGUGGUGAGGAAGAGGAAGAUGAAGACCAGCCCCUGAGUCUGGCCUGGCCUGAUACUAACAGGAAAAGACUCACUUACGUUUGUAUCCUGCCCAUUGUAUUUCCACUGUGGCUCACACUGCCCGAUGUCAGGAGAGAGAGCUCAGCGAAGUUCUUCCCCGUCACUUUCAUCGGCUCAAUUUCUUGGAUUGCGUUCUUCUCCUACCUGAUGGUGUGGUGGGCUCACCAGGUUGGAGAAACGUUCUGGAUCACAGAGGAGAUCAUGGGUCUGACCAUAUUAGCAGCUGGCACUUCAAUCCCCGACCUGAUCACCAGUGUAAUUGUGGCGAGAAAAGGCCUCGGGGACAUGGCCGUGUCUAGCUCUGUGGGCUCCAACAUCUUUGACAUCACUGUGGGCCUGCCAUUCCCCUGGCUCAUCUACAACAUCAUCAACGACUUCAAGCCAGUAGAGGUGAGCAGCAACGGCUUGUUCUGCGCCAUCGUCCUCCUCUUCCUCAUGCUCCUCUUCGUCAUCAUCUCCAUCGCGGCUUGCAAGUGGAGAAUGAGCAAGAUCCUGGGCCUUCUCAUGUUCCUGCUCUACUUCGUGUUCCUCAUCGUCAGUGUCAUGCUGGAGGACAAGGUCAUCACCUGUCCUAUCACCAUCUGA